GGUAUAUGUCACAAGGAAAACAUGCAGAAGCAAGAGAACUAAUGUAUUCAGGGGCUUUGCUGUUCUUCAGUCAUAACCAGCAAAACAGUGCUGCUGAUCUGUCCAUGCUGGUUUUGGAGUCUUUGGAGAAAUCGGAUGCAAAAGUAGCAGAUGACCUUUUAGAAAACUUGGCUAAAUUGUUUAGUUUAAUGGAUCCAAAUUCUCCUGAAAGAGUGGCUUUCGUAUCCAGAGCGCUAAAAUGGUCUAGUGGGGGAUCAGGAAAACUUGGACAUCCAAAACUACACCAGUUACUAGCAAUUACUCUGUGGAAAGAACAAAACUAUAGUGAAUCUCGGUAUCACUUCUUGCACUCCACAGAUGGCGAAGGAUGUGCAAAUAUGCUAGUAGAAUACUCCUCGUCCAGGGGAUACCGCAGUGAGGUGGACAUGUUUGUAGCACAGGCAGUACUACAAUUUCUCUGCUUAAAAAAUAAGACCAGCGCAUCAGUUGUUUUUACGACAUACACACAGAAACAUCCUUCAAUAGAAAAGGGUCCGCCCUUUGUUCAGCCCCUGCUAAACUUCAUCUGGUUUCUGUUAUUGGCAGUUGAUGGAGGAAAACUAACAGUAUUUACAGUAUUGUGUGAACAGUAUCAACCUUCGCUGAAAAGAGAUCCCAUGUAUAAUGAGUACCUAGAUAGAAUAGGACAGCUUUUCUUUGGUGUUCCGCCCAAGCAGACAUCGUCCUACGGAGGAUUACUAGGAAAUCUUUUAAACAGUCUGAUGGGAACAGGAGAAGAUGAUGACACAGAAGAUGGUCAGGAAGAUAGCAGUCCUAUUGAGCUUGACUGAAUGUUGUUGUCAUUGGGUGCCGUCUAAAUCUGAUGAUUCCAUGAGUCCAAAGACAGUUUUGGAAUUUGAAUCCUGCAGUUGUUUCUUGGCACCUAAAAAGGGCUCCUCCCGUCUUUUAGAAAUGGUUGCUGAAAUGUUUAUAAUGUUUGGUCUAUAUUAUUUAUGUAAAAAAAGAAAGAAACCAACAAAAAGUAGCCAAAUGAACCAAUCAGAGCAAUGGUUAGCAGGUUUCUGAUACAGCGGCUGGUGACUUUGAUCAAAAUAUAGUCUUCUACGGUUUCUGAUGCAGUAUUCCCUUUUGCACAGUAAUUCAAUAAAGCAUAAAUAUGGGUCUUGUACUUCACGUCCUACCCAAUAUUGUCUUUGUUACGAGAAAGCUUC